AACUCCUAAGUUAGCUGCUACCCUCAUUCCCCGAAAGAAGCUCAAACAGUGUUUCACACACACACUCUCUCUCUCUCUCUCUCUCUCUCUCAGAGAUGGCCGAGAUAAGUGCCGAAGUGUCGAUCGAUCAAAUCCCGUCGAGGAAGCAGCGGAGCCGAAGAGCGUUGAAGGAUAAGAACCUCUCAGCCAAUGAUGCCAAAUCCUUGACCAAGAAGCUGCCUGAUUCCUCCACGCCACAGGUUUCAAAGGAAUCAGACGCCGGAAAGGAGAACCAACCCAGCGUUUCUCAACUGCGCUCCUCACCCAAGAAGGGAAGAGCUGCCUCGAAAAAACAGUCGAAGCAAUCUCUUGAGAAAGAUUUUCAAGAAAUGCAGGAGAUGAUGCAGAAGUUGCGGCUUGAGAAGGAGCAGACUGAAGAGCUCUUGAAGGUCAAAGAUGACAUAUUGAAGCAGAAGGAAGAAGAGCUUGACGAGCGUGGCCGCGAGCAGGAGAAGCUUCAGACGGAGUUGAAAAAAUUGCAGAAGCUCAAGGAGUUCAAACCCAUCAUGAAUUUGCCUAUGCUGAGAGACAAGGAGCAAGAAAAGAAGGACAACAAGAAGAAGAAUGGAUGCGCUGUGAAAAGACCUUCUCCACCUUACAUUUUGUGGAGCAAAGAUCAAUGGGCUGAGAUCAAGAAAGCGAAUCCAGAGGCAGAAUUCAAGGAUAUUUCAAACAUGUUAGGGGCUAAGUGGAAGACCGUCAGCGAGGAAGAGAAACAGCCUUAUGAGGAGAAGUAUCUAAUUGAGAAAGAAGCUUAUCUGCGGGUAAUCACCAAGGAGAAACGUGAAAGUGAGGCAAUGAAGCUGUUAGAAGAGGAGCAAAAGCAAAAGACUGCCAUGGAAUUGCUUGAACAGUACAUGCAGUUCAAACAGGAAACAGAGAAAGAAAGCAAGAAGAGCAGAAAAGAGAAGGAUCCACUGAAACCAAAGCAUCCUGUGUCAGCUUUUAUCUUGUACACGAAUGAUAGGCGGGCAGCUAUUCUUGCCGACAACAAGAGUAUCUUGGAGGUUUCAAAGAUUGUAGGUGACGAGUGGAAGAACUUGACAGAAGAUCAAAAAAGACCUUAUGAAGAGAUCGCAAAGAAGAAUAGGGAGAAAUAUAUUCAAGAUAUGGAGGCUUACAAACAAAAGAAGGAUGAGGAGGCUGCGAAUCUCAGGAAGGAAGAGGAGGAGCAAAUGAAACUUCAGAAAGAAGAAGCCUUGAAACUGUUAAAGAAGAAAGAGAAAACGGAAAAUCUGAUCAAGAAGUCAAAGAAGAAGAAACAGAACAAGGAAGACAAGAAUUGUGAUCCUAACAAGCCUAAGAGACCGCCAUCCUCAUUUCUGCUAUUCAGCAAAGAAGCAAGGAGGAGCAUACAGGAGGAACGACCAGGGAUGAAUAACUCUAACCUGAACGCACUGAUAUCAGUGAAAUGGAAGGAACUGAGCGAGGGAGAGAGAAAAGUGUGGAAUGACAAAGCUGCCGAGGCAAUGGAGGCAUACAAGAAGGAAUUGGAGGAGUACAACAAAUCCAUUGCAGCCAAGUUGGACCAGUAAGAAUAAGAAAAUAGGAAUCGAAAAGAAGGGACUGACUCUUGGGGUGUUCAAAUUUCUGUUGAAUACCGAAUGCGCGUUGUUGUUUUUAAAUCUGAUGUAAUCUUCAGUAUUCUAAUGGCCUGACCACGGCAGAUAGUUGCUCAAUUUCUUCUCCCUCCAAUCUUGAUGGAAACGUGUGAACUGCUCACUGCUAGAUCAAGAUAACUAAUGAUUUUUGCACAGCUCA